GAAGCGAGCGCCGGCUCUGAGCCGCCCUGCAGAUGCCAUGGCUGGCCUGCUCGCCGCCGUCUUCGUCCUGCUGGCCGCCGGCUCCGCGCUCGCCGUGUGGCCGCAGCCGCAGCACCUGAGCCAGAGCCCUGAGGGCGGCUGCGGCUUGAGCGCCGACCGGUUCCGCUUCGCCUACGCCGAAUGCUCGGCGGUGUCGCCCGGCUGCGAGGUGCUGGAUCAGGCGUUCCGCCGCUACUGGGAGCUCCUUUUCCCGGGUCGAGGGAUUGGUGAGUCUAAGGAUUCCCCAUGCGAUGUCCUGAAUGUCAACGUCACACAGCCGGGAUGUGAUGGCUACCCUUCACUGGACUCCUCCGAGAAUUACCAGCUGACGAUUUCAGAUGAGCUGAUGCUUCUGACGGCAGACACUGUCUGGGGUGCUCUUCGAGGGUUGGAGACCUUCAGCCAACUCGCCUGGAAGGACAACGGGAUGCUCUACAUCAACAAAACCAAAGUGGUCGACUUCCCCCGCUUCCGUCACCGGGGUCUGCUGCUUGACACGUCUCGUCACUACCUGCCUCUGGAAGCCAUUCUGAAAACACUGGAUGCCAUGGCUUACACCAAACUCAACGUGUUCCACUGGCACAUUGUGGAUGAUCCAUCCUUCCCGUAUCAGAGCACCGCCUUCCCCGAUCUCAGCCGGAAGGGGGCCUACAACCCUUUCACUCAUGUGUACACUGCCGUCGAUGUGAAGAUGGUGCUUGAAUAUGCCCGGCUACGUGGGAUCAGAGUGAUUCCAGAGUUUGACACUCCUGGCCACACCCUCUCCUGGGGGCCAGGUGUCCCAGGGUUGUUGACUCCCUGCUACGUGGGGUCAAAGGCCUCUGGAUCUUACGGACCGGUCAAUCCCAUCCUGAACACAACUUACAAGUUCAUGUCGGAGUUCUUUGCCGAAAUUAGUUCCGUGUUCCCAGACGUCUACGUUCAUCUGGGCGGAGACGAGGUCGACUUCACUUGCUGGAGGUCCAAUGCAGAAAUCCAGACUUUCAUGAGGAAGAAGGGAUUUGGCCAAGACUACGCUAAGCUGGAAUCCUUUUACAUCCAGAGGCUUUUGGAUAUUGUCUCGUCUUAUGGGAAAGACUGCGUGGUGUGGCAGGAGGUGUUUGAUAACGCAGUGAAGGUGAAGCCCGACACCAUCAUACAUGUGUGGAAGCAGGAUUCUGGGCGCUAUCCAAACGAGACAGCACGUGUCACCAAAGCCGGCUACCAGGCCCUGUUGUCUGCCCCUUGGUAUCUUAACUAUAUCUCCUACGGGCAGGACUGGAUAGGGAUUUACCUGGUGGAACCCCUGGAGUUCGAAGGCAGUGUGCAGCAGAAAGAUCUGGUGAUUGGCGGCGAGGCCUGUAUGUGGGGCGAAUACGUGGAUGUCACGAACCUGAGCCCAAGACUCUGGCCUAGAGCUGGAGCUGUGGCAGAGCGGUUGUGGAGCAACAGGACUGUCCGAAACCUGCAAGAUGCUUAUAGGAGGCUGGCAGACUUCCGAUGUAUGCUGCUGAGGCGAGGGAUCCGGGCACAGCCCCUCUUCACAGGAUAUUGUGAACACGAAUACGACAGUGUUUGAUGGGUGCCCUCUGCUCAGGGGACAGCGCGCGCUGGCUGUGUCUCUGGGCAAGCUGGAGUGGCUUCUUUUUCAAUUGACAUGGUACAUCAAAGGGAAAUCCAUCCAUCGUGGCUCAUGGAUAACUGCAUCCCCCCCACAACAAGCACUACUCUCUCUAUUUUUUUAAUAAAUAAUUUGGUCCAGUAGACCCUGAUGGA